CGUCGAAGAAGAGUUCCUCCCGCCGCCGCAGAGCAACAACCCCAAGCUGACGCACUGCACGCGACAGCAACGCUCGCUUCCAAAAUAACAUCCCACGUUACACCUGUGCGUUAACACCGCGACGCGUUUGGAGACCCUCUGCGCGGACACAGCUGAAGUGUCGCAGGAGGAGCAGCAGAACGGCCGUUAUUCACCGAAAACCUGAAGACAGACUCGCUGAUGGCGGCGACAGUGGAGGAGCUCUACCGCAACUACGGCAUCCUCGCCGACGAGAAAGAGGAUCUCAGCAAACACAAAGAUGCUUAUCAGGUAAUUCUGGAUGGUGUUAAAGGAGGUCCAAAGGAGAAGCGACUGGCCGCACAGUUCAUUCCAAAAUUUUUCAGCAGUUUUCCAGAGCUGGCCGAUGCAGCCAUCAACGCUCAGCUUGAUCUGUGUGAGGAUGAAGAUGUAUCUAUCAGAAGGCAGGCUAUCAAGGAACUGCCCCGUUUCGCAUCAGGAGAGAAUUUACCCAGAGUCGCAGACAUCCUCACGCAGCUGCUGCAGACAGAUGAUUCUGCUGAAUUCAAUCAAGUCAACACCGCUUUGAUCUCCAUAUUCAAAAUCGAUGCAAAAGGAACUAUGGGAGGCUUGUUCAGUCAGAUCCUGCAGGGAGAAGACAUUGUUCGAGAAAGAGCGAUUAAGUUUCUCUGUACGAAGUUGAAAAUGAUGCCAGAUGACACAAUGACAAAAGAAGUGGAAGAUUACAUCUUCAUAGAGACAAAAAAGGUCCUAGAGGAUGUGACGGGGGAGGAGUUUGUGCUUCUGAUGCGUAUCCUGUCUGGGCUGAAGAGCAUGCAGACUGUGAGCGGGCGGCAGCAGCUGGUGGAGCUGGUGGUGGAGCAGGCUUUCCUGGAGCAGGCGCUGAACCCCGCAGAUACAGACAGUGUGGACCGGCUCCUGCAGUGCACGCGCCAGGCCUUACCACUCUUUUCUGUGAGUGAAACCACAGCAACGAAAAAUGUGCAUUCUACUCGCUUUGUGACAUACUUCUGUGAAUUUGUGCUGCCCAACCUCAGUCUGCUCACCAGCCCUGUAGCAGAACUGGACAUCCAGCUGGAGGUACUGAAGUUAUUAGCAGAGAUGAGUCCGUAUUGUGGUGACAUGGACAAACUGGAGGUCAAUCUCAACAUGCUGUUUGAGAAGCUACUGGAGUUCAUGCCCCUGCCUCCAGAGGACGAGAACGGAGAGAAUGCUGCCAAUGAAGAGCCCAAGCUGCAGUUCAGCUACGUGGAGUGUCUGCUCUUCAGUUUCCAUCAGCUGGGCAAAAAACUACCUGACUUUCUCAUCGACAAAAUCAGUGCAGAGAAGUUGAAGGACUUCAAGAUCAGGUUACAGUACUUUGCACGGGGGCUUCAAGUUUAUAUUCGACAGCUGCGUGUGGCUUUGCAAGGCAAGACUGGAGAUGCACUAAAGACAGAGGAGAAUAAAAUCAAAGUUGUGGCUUUGAAGAUCACCAACAACAUAAAUGUUUUAAUCAAGGAUCUGUUCCAUAACCCUCCAUCCUAUAAAAGCACAGUGACUCUGUCCUGGAAACCGGUGCAGAAGACAGAGGCAGCAGCAAUCGGCCAGAAGAGGCAGUCAGGAGAGGACAUCGGGGCAACAGCGACAACAAAGAAGCUUCCCACAAAUCUGCCCAGGAGGGACGCCCGACAAAUAUACAACCCGCCCAGUGGGAAAUACAGCGCCACCAUUGGGAACUUCUCCUACGAACAACGUGGAGGCUUCAGGGGUGGCCGAGGACGGGGCUUCGGAGGAAGAGGAAACAGAAGCCGAGGCCGGAUUUAUUAAGAGGACUUGCAUAUGCUUCUAUACCCAUGCAACUGCAUUACCACAACACAACAAUAUCUCU